UCGCUAGUGGGAUGGAAAUGGAGGUGUCUGUAUGAAACGCGAAUUUGAGCGGGGCUGCGCUGCCUUUCAGUGUGAUUGUUACAUUCGUUAUAACGUCUUUCUUUUAGUGAUACUUUGCUGGGUGAUAGCAUACUGAGCAAAACUAAUAUGGCUGACUGGGUUAAUAAAACGCCUCUCGAGUGGCAAACCUUUAUCAACAAACAGGUGAAAGUCUUGGCUGAUGAGAGGAAUGAAUACCAAGGUUGGGUGAUUACAGUUGAUCCGGUGUCUGCCAGCAUUGUGCUGGUUAAUUUUCAAGAAGACCUAAAAACAUUGGUCCAGGUGAUCAUGGGGCAUGCAGUACAGCAAAUAGAAGUAUUAAAGGAAGCAGAUGACACAACCAGUGACAAACUUGCACGUGUCUUUGGACCUAGAGACGACACCGACUCCUACAGCAAAGAAGAUUUGGAAACAAAGAAACUUAAUUUAAAGACUUGGCUAGAGAAGAACAACAUCCCUGUUACUGCAAAAGACGAAUCGGAGAGGACAUUGUGUGUUGCUGGAGUGUUAACAAUUGAACCUCCAUAUGGACCGGACAACUGCUGCAGCACUAACGAAAUCAUUUUGUCCAGAAUUCAAGGACUUCUUCAAAGUUAUAUGAUUAGUCCACAAUAAACUAUGUUAGCACUAUAUGGUGUAUUAAAGGGACAUGAAACCUAAUUUUUUUUUCAUGAUUCAGACAGAAAAUGUCACUUUUAAACAGCUUUCUACUUUGUCUAUUUAAUUUGCUUCAUUCUUUUGGUAUUCUAAGUUAAAAAUCGUUCCUAGGUAGGCUUGGGAAGAUCAAUGCAUUACUGGGAGCUACCUAUUGAUUAGUGGCUGCACAUAAAUGUCUCCAUUGGUUCACCUGGAGUGUUCAGCGUAGCUUACAGAAGUGCAUAGCUGCUCCUUCAACAAAGGAUACCAUAAGAAUGAAGCACUUUUCCAAUGUAAAUUGGAAAGUUAUUUAAAAUCACAUUCUCUAUCUAAAUCAUGAAAAAAAAAAAUUGGGUUUCAUGUCCCUUUAAAGUUAAUAAUUCUAAGGGAUAUUCAGCUCAAAAUUGAAUCGUAAAAUGUUGUAUACAUUCAUUUUUCUUGCUUUUGCUGUAAAUAUCUCUGAAAAUUGUUUCAUUCCUCCCAGAGAACCUGGAUCUGUCCCUUUUUUAAGUAUACAAUUUGAGAAGUCAUACUAAAUUCCCCAUAAAAAGUAUACAUUCAUUAUUUUUAUUAAUGUAGUAACACAUUUAUAUCUGGACUGUUGGCCUCAGCAAAGGAGAUUAAAUAAAGAAUAUUUUGUAUAGAGA